GUCUGUGAGGACAUCAGCUCCUUCUUUGGCAUAUUGAUGGCAGCAGAGCCCCUGACUGAAAUGGAGGAGGCCAUUGAGACCACAAUGGACAAGUUACACACUUAUGCAGUGAGGGGAGACUGGGGUUUCUACCUGAGCUUCAAAGUGUUUAAGAAACUGGUCAACCAGGAGCUACUUCACAUACUCAAGGAUGUUGGCUCUCUAGAUGAGAAGAUGAAGAGCUUGGAUAUGAACCAGGACUUGGAGCUGAAUUUCAAUGAGUACUGGAGACUGAUCGGGAAAUUGGCAAAGGCAAUGUGGGAGGAGAAGUUCCUGGAGGUCCUGCAGAAGUAA